AUGGAGGCCCUCUCCCCGCGCACGACGAACCAGAUGAUCAAGCCGAAGGUGGCGAUUGAUCGCAAACCGUUCGAUAAAAAUGCCCCGCCUCCGAGUAACAAGCAGAAGCUUGCAACGUCCAAAAGCUACGCCGAUCCGCCACCGUCGAUAGUCUCAGAGCCGGAAGAUGGCGGUGAGCGAUACUCGAUAGGCGCAUUCUUAGGGAAAGGCGGUUUCGCUGUUUGUUAUGAGGGUACAUUGGCUCGAAAUGGCCGGGUGUAUGCCAUGAAGGUCGUCAAGUCAGCGAUGUCUCAAAAAAAGAUGGAGGAGAAGUUUCGAACCGAACUCCAGAUUCAUUCUAAAAUGCGUCAUCCUUUUAUCGUCCAGUUCUACCGUGCAUUCGCUUUCGGAUCCAGCACCUAUGUCGUCCUGGAGUUAUGUCCCAAUGGCUCGGUGAUGGACAUGUUUCGGAAACGACGCUGUUUCAGCUUGCCAGAAGUGCGCCGGUAUAUGAUUCAGCUUUGCGCAGCGGUGAAAUACCUACACAAACGCUUCGUCGCUCAUCGUGACCUGAAGAUGGGAAAUCUGUUCCUCGAUCACAACAUGAACAUCAAGGUUGGGGAUUUUGGUCUGGCGGCUAUGAUCAUGUCCGACAAGGAUGCCAAGCGACGGAACACGCUAUGCGGCACACCCAACUAUAUCGCCCCCGAAGUUUUGGACAAGAGCAAAGGCGGGCAUACACAGAAAGUUGAUAUUUGGUCCGUGGGCGUAAUAUGCUUUGCCAUGCUCGCAGGAUACUUACCCUUUCAAUCCAAAACCCAAGAUGAAGUUUACAAAAAAGUCCAGAAUCUGACUUACGUCUGGCCUAAUGAAUCAGAGUCCAGCAACUACAUCCCCGAGGAAGCAAAAGAUCUAGUCAGUCGUUGCUUGAACCUGGUGGACGAGGAGCGACCAGACCCAGACGAUAUUGUUGAGCACCCAUUCUUUAACAUGUAUGAGGGUUGCAUUCCUCGUCAACUAGACCCCUCGUGCCGAUUCAAUAAGCCACUAUGGCUCAGGGACGCUUCACCUCAAGGCGAUUCUGUGGUACAUGGGUACGGCUUGGACUCGGAUGAGAAGCUCCGCGCGUACGUGUACCAGGUGGACGACCCCGCUCAGCGAUAUCAUUCCUGCAAAGCGGCCUUCUACUCACUCUGCGGCGUGGGACGCAAGCCUGACGGGACGGCUCGGAAAUCCGUUGGCAGAAAUUGCGCAAAGUCGGCCUUUUCUGAGUGUGAUGUGGAGGACUCCAGAGGUCUGCGACCCGUAAUACCCUUGUCGCCGGAUUAUGUUUACCGAUGGCCCCAAGACCUGGAUGGAGACUGGUGUGUUUUGGAGACGUCCCGAAAGGUAAUGCGCCCUGAGGAGUCGAUGCUUAAAAGCAGCACUAUGUCCAAUCGGAGUAUUUCUGCUCGUCCCAACCCUAUGGCAGCGUCACGGACCAAUGCCGCUCUCGUCGCUGCUCAACAUCGCCGAAUGGAAGGACAAAGCCAUGCCGCAACGCUACGACAGCAAGCUCGAGUGCCACCUAUCUCUCCUCGGAGGGCACCUGUGGUCCCCGAUCCUGCUGUUCUGUCCUCCAGGCCAUAUCGAGAUAGUCCAAAAGCCGAGCCAAAACCUCUGCCCGCUGUGGAAGUGCCAAUUGGAGGGCUCGCAGAGCGUCCUAUCCGGACACGAAGGAUGGCAUCCGCUACCCAAGCAGCGACAGCGACAGCAACGCUGCGUAGCAAGGACAAGGAUAUUGCUCCACGAUUAGCCAAAUCCACAAGCAUGCCAUCAGGCUUGACUGUAGGCAAAACACGCUCUCAGUCUCGCAGAUUGGCAGCUGCUGACCAGGAGCUGAUGCAGCCUUCUAUUUCAACCAGAGAACGACAACCAACCGCUAGGCUGGAGGAGCGAAACGUGAUCGCCAAUCAGAAAUCCCUACGGUCUAUAUCCAAAGCAGAUCUGAACACUACUGCUGGACGAGGCGACAGAGGGAGAGCCAGCCCAUCUUCACUGGCACAGUCGAAGUUUUCUGAAUCUAAUGGACAUGGUCGAUCAAACUCCAAUGGUACCGCUCGGUCUGACGGCAAGACGGCUGGCACUAGAGCCCGCUCUAGCUUGGGGCUCAGUCCUAUAUUUCACACAGCAGAUGUCUGCAAGCUUCUACCCAGGACUUCGUUGACCGAUGUCAACACCGACUUGCGUCUCAUGCUGACCAACCUGGUCGACCACGCACCAAGUAGACGCAGAGGGGGAGCACGAAAACAGCCCCAUGCCUAUGUCAUCAAAUGGGUCGACUAUACCAACCGUUAUGGUAUUGGGUAUGUUCUAGAUGAUGGCAGCGUUGGAUGUGUUUUCAAGGCAGAAAACGGGCAGCCGGCAACGAGUGUCGUGCUUCGAGAUGGCGAGAGACAUAUCCGCCGAAAAGCCCGUAGCGUCGUGGAUGGCAAGCAAAAGCCAAUUUACUAUUCCGAGGCUGAUCAAUUAGUUCCUCGCACUGGAACCUCGGUUGAAUUUUAUGAGAACUGUGACGAUGAUCUGCUAGGAUGCCGCGGCAUCCGACGAGCUUUGAUAUCGCCCUCACUGUUCGAUGUCAAAAGCUCGAAGGCAAUGAGAGUUCGUUCCAACACAGGAACCGAGAUUGAACGAGCCGAUGCAGAGAAAAUCAAGAGGAUGAAACUUGUGGAUCAGUUCGGUAAAUACAUGAUCGGAGCCCUUGGUCGACAUGGCGACGAGGGGAUUAUGGAUGAAGAUCUACCUCAACACAACAGUGCCCAGUUUGUCAAGUUCUACCAGCGCUUGGGCAAUGUCGGCAUCUGGGGUUUUGGGGAUGGUGCCUUCCAGUUCAACUUCCCCGACCACACAAAGCUAGUGAUCUCGCCGGGCCGCACCCGUAGCUCAUCCCCCUGGGUCGACUUCUACCAUCUCUCGGCCUCCGCCGCUCGAUACUUCGCCGCAAAAGGCAAGAUGCACCCAGCAGGAUUCGACACUCGGGCUGUGGCCUCCGACGAGGCUGCUACGUUCCUCAGCAUUGCGGGCGGAGAUUCCAUCAAUUCGACCGAAGACCGCAUCCGGGACAUCCUUGAUGCGAACGCCUUCGUGCAGAAAAUCACCUUCAUCAAAGAUACCCUCAGAGUUUGGAUUGAAUUCGGGCGACUUGGGGGUCGUGCGCCCUCGGUUGACCCCGCUUCUGCUGAUGAAUCCGUACCCGACGAAGCAUUCUGGCAAGGAACACAGGAGCGUUCGCAGCCCAAUAGCUCCGGAACGAAGUUUGUCUGGGUGACUGUUGGAGCACCAGAUGGCGAUGGUCGCUACCGCUCUAUGAUGAUCAAAGAUAAUAACCGGGUGACAAAGCCUGCCGGGAUGGAAUAUGACAAAGAAAUGCAGCUACUCAAAGACCGGCUACGUGCACUUGGUCGUUGA